AUGCGUCCCGCAACGGGUGCCCUUGUGCUAGGCCUUGGCCUCAGCCGGGUGUCGGCUCUCCACGUGGCUGAUGGUUCACCUUGCGAGACACUAUGCGGCAACGUACUCGAUGCGACGACAAAGAAUGACGUUGUCUGCGACGAGCACUCGUACUCCAGCAGCGCGGCCGGCUCUGUCUACCAGCAAUGCUUGUCUUGCGAGUUGUCCAGUGAUUAUGCGACUAGCAGCAACGAGACAGACACGCAAUGGGCAUUGUAUAAUCUCCGAUACGCCAUUUCCUACUGUACUUUUGGAUUUCCAGAGAACCCAGCCGUCGGGUCAAACCCGUGUCUCACGAGGACUGCAUGUGAGCCGCUGCAGAGAGCAAUCGAAUAUAGUAAUUUGGCUUCCAACGUUUCCGAGUUUGAGUACUGCAAUGACUGGAACCAUAACCAGGUCGCUGGCUGCUCAAAUUGUCUCCGUGCAGGAGACAACAAUUACAUGACUAACUUUCUCACCAUCUUGGAUGCGGGCUGCCAACAGAAACCCGCUCCCGGCUCCACAGUCUCUAUUGACGGUUCUCCUUUCUCGAAAACCCGAGUCAACAUCACUGAGCCGACACCUACCAAUACGUACGUGUCAAACUACAAUAGCGGACCCAUCAGCCUGGGCGGCAAAGUCGGCAUUGCCAUCGGAGGUUUUGUUCUCCUUCUUGUCGUCGCUGGGUUCUGCAUUGUGUGGAACGGGAAGAGGAGGCGUAGAGCAUUCUUGAAGACGCUCGAAAUGAAACAGCAGGGCGGCGGCGGUCGCUCCGGAUGGCCAACGCCGCUUAACACUACCGGCAUGGGCGGCACUCCCCUUAGCCAGAAGCCUCUGCGAACCUGGGACGCCUCGCCGCAGAGCCAAGGGCCCUCUCAUGGAUGGGACGACUCACCGAUGAGUGCCAACGGGGAACAACCUUACACGAGGUACUUCUCGCCAUACUCGUCCCAAUAUAACAGCCCAGUCAGUGGCGCUGAGGCACCUGCCAUGCAAUGGCCGGCGAACGAUGCGAAGCCCCAAAGACAACCUCAAGAGAUUGGUCUCGCACUCGGUGGAAGCGGGCAGGAACAGAAAUGGAACGACUCGAAAGGAAAAGAGCGAUCAGAGUCAUACGAGAUGAGAGACGUCGAGCCCGAGUGGGAUGCUCGACAGAGAUACCCGAGCCCGCCCAAUAUCCAGCAGCCUGCGCACACGGUAUACGCCGAGCACAACCCGGCGGCCUACCACGGCCUGACAGAGGAGGAUCUUCGAAGAGGGUACGCUCUCUAA